AUGGCUCAGCCCAAGGGCACGGUGGUCCUCGCCUACAGCGGAGGCCUCGACACCUCCUGCAUCCUGGUGUGGCUGAAGGAGCAGGGCUACGACGUCGUCGCCUACCUGGCCAACAUCGGGCAGAAGGAAGAUUUUGAAGCAGCACGAAAGAAAGCGCUGGCGCUGGGGGCCAAGAAGGUUUACAUCGAGGACAUCAGCAAGGAGUUUGUGCAGGAGUUCAUCUGGCCGGCGGUGCAGGCCAACGCUCUCUACGAGGACCGGUACCUGCUGGGCACGGCACUGGCACGGCCCUGCAUCGCCCGCAAGCUGGUGGAGAUCGCCCAGCGGGAGGGAGCCCAGUACGUAGCCCAUGGGGCCACCGGCAAGGGUAACGAUCAGGUUCGGUUCGAGCUCACCUGCUACGCCCUGUGUCCUAAGAUCAAGGUCGUUGCGCCGUGGAGGCUGCCCGAGUUUUACCAGCGCUUCCCCGGGCGCCGCGAGCUGAUGGACUACGCCAAGAAACACGGGAUCCCUGUUCCGGUGACACCCCAGACGCCCUGGAGCAUGGAUGAGAACCUCAUGCACAUCAGCUAUGAAGCCGGGAUCCUGGAGAACCCCAAG